AUGGACCUUCUUCACGAGCUUGAGUCCAUGGCUAUGACACAACAGGACAACACUGAAACGGACUACGACGACAUCAAGAGGUGGCAGUCUCUCUUCGGCUACAUAUACUCGAGUGCCGCAAAGAAGAUCCAGGAUCAUCGAUCCAACUUUGCACGAUUCCAUGUCUCCGAACUCCACUGGGACAUUGUUCGCGCAGAGAAGAACUCUCGGGGCUACGACAAGGAUUAUUACGAGUAUUCUGGCAGUCUUUCGCAAACCCAGACAUCGCACGUCGAGCAAAGUACUCCGACCAAGAGGAGAAAGAAGAAGUCUAGCAUCUACCUUCUCACGGCACAGGCGACGACGGCUUUGCCGCCUCUUUUUGCGGACAAGAAACUGUCCGCGACAUCGAUGCAUCCCACCCUUGGACCCAAGGCCACCUUGCCCCAUCACCACCCAAACUCUGAGCCCCUGAUCGAAUCAGAUCAACGACUACUCCCGACUCAGGACCAGUACCCACUCUGGUACUUCUUCUACGGUACCCUUGCGGACCCUACUGUUCUGAACAAUCUUCUCGGUAUUGAGCCAGUUUAUCGAGCUGCAAAGGUUCACGGUGGCCGUCUCGCAACUUGGGGCGGAAAGUUCAAGGCUUUGGUGGAUGCGUCGGCCUACGAGAAGGGCUGCGUAGAUGGGCACGCUUUUCUUGUUACGAACAAAGACCAGGAGGAUGCACUGCAGUUAUGA